AGAUUUGUUUAUGCUACGACGGCGGUGCUGAGAACAGUUCGAAAUCAGUUGUGAUCGUCAGUGGAGCAGUGCGGUUCGGUUGUCGGUGCGACUGCCUUUGAUACGUCGAGCAUCAGCGCGUUUUUAUUAAUUUUUAUUAAAUAAACACUGCACUUAAAUUAUAUGCAGCGUUAAUUUAACGGCAUUUCAUAUGAUUUAUUGCCUCAAAUUGCAUUUAGACAAUUUACACGAGAAAUAGCAUUUUUUAUUUUUUUUGUUUUUGCUCUAAGUGUGCGACGCGCCGCUUCGUGCUGAGCGUUUGAUUGCCGUUCAUUCGCUUUUAGUGUGAAAAAUUGCUGCAUUCAUCAUCAACGUGAGACUGACAGCGACCGCAACAGUAAUUAUCCGUCAUCAUGGGCAAUUUGACUUCUUCGAGCGCCACGUCGAUGGACAUUAAUCCCAGAAUGGUUGACAAUGAGAACCGCAAUCACAGGCACAGUUACAAUGUCACCGAUCAACUCAGCGAUGACGAAUCGCCCAAUAAUCAUAAUGGCAAUACAAACAGCAGCAGCAACAACAACAACAAUACGAGCAACAUAAUAAUCACACUGCAUAAUGGUCCGAGUAACGGUAAUGGCAUUGGGAAUUCGAAUGUCGAUAUAAAUGGCAGCUCAGUGACCGGCAAUGGCAACAGCAAUGGCGCAGCUAAAGUGCCAGCGCGUACAUAUGAGCCACGCGAAAGGCACAUCAUCACGAAGAACGUCAUUGUUAUUGGUCUAGCAUUUAUGAUACACUUCACAGCGUUCCACGGCACUUCGAAUCUGCAGAGUUCGGUGAAUUCGGACAAGGCGCUGGGCACCACAACGCUCGCUGUCAUUUAUGGUUCGCUGAUUUUAUCCAAUAUUUUUCUACCCAUGACAGUGAUAAGAUGGUUUGGCUGUCAUCUGACUAUGGCUUUGUCAUUCUUCGCCUAUAUGCCGUUUAUUGCUGCACAGUUUUUUCCACGCUUUGAGACGCUGAUACCAGCAGGUUUAAUGGUUGGCUUAGGCGGUGGACCCUUGUGGUGUUCGAAGUGCACUUAUCUCUCAACAGUCGCUGAGGCGCUGACUAAAGUUCGCGGCAAUGAGUCGCGCAAGGAUGUGAAUACCGUGAAAUUCUUUGGACUCUUCUUUAUUUUCUAUCAAAUGGCACAGGUUUGGGGAAAUCUGAUAUCUUCUUCAGUAUUAUCUUUCACUUCUUCCGCCGUUGAGGAGGUGAAUGCCACACUUGAAGCGCUCGUCACGCCUCCACCCUCGGAAAGUAAUGUGGGUGAGAUCUGUGGUGCGCGCUUCUGUCCGGGCAUUGGCGCUGAGGUGAAUCCGAAUUUGACGCCACCCGAACCGGCGCAGAUUCAGCUGCUUACCUCGAUCUUCCUCAUUUGUAUGGCCAUCGCUGUGGUGCUAAUGAUGUUCGGCGUCAACUCGCUGAAACGUUAUGGCGUUCGUCGCAACGACUCCGGCGACGGCUUGUCUGGCUUGCGUUUGCUUACAGUCACAUUAAAUUUAUUGCGCAAGCGUCGCCAACUGCUCAUUUUACCCAUUACAAUGUUUAUUGGCUUGGAGGAAGCCUUCUUGGCCGUGGACUAUACGCGCUCCUUUGUCGCCUGCGGUUGGGGCAUUUCGAAGAUCGGUUUCGCCAUGAUCUGCUUUGGCGUUGCCAACGCCAUCGCGGCUGGCAUUGCCGGCGCUCUGGUCGAGAAAUUGGGUCGCAUCACGCUGUUCGUCGCUUGUGCGCUGCUGAAUGCCUCGCUCUUCGUCUACAUGUUUCUCUAUGAAGCGCGCGAGGGUGAUUAUAUCAUGUAUUGCGCAUUCGCGGCGAUUUGGGGCAUCUGCGAUGGUGUGUGGUUGGUCGUGGUGAAUGCUUUUUAUGGCAUUCUCUUUCCGAACCACCUCAUCGCUGGCUACAGCAACUUCCGUUUGUGGGAAUCGACAGGUUCUGUUAUUGGCUACAUAAUCAGUUCACAGUUGUGCACAUCCACAAAGUUGGUCAUACUGCUAUGUGUGCUGGGCAUCGGUAGUGCAGGUUAUGGCAUCACCGAGUACCGCCUACGCAGAAAGCAAAAAGCUCUGGAGCUUAUGUUAAGUGAUUGAAAAAGCUUUUAAAAUCUUGUUUUUAUUUUAGUAAGAGGAAAAAACGAUUGUGUUAAAGUUUUUUUUAGAAAAAUAAUGUAGAAAUAAUAUUAUUAUUUUUUUUUUAUAAUUUUAAAAAUAAUGGAUUAUAAAACUUAUUUUUUUUUGUGUUAUAGCCGUUGCAGUAACAAAGAUCACUCCAUAAAUGAAUUCUUUAAUAUUUUAUACUACUGAGCUGACAGUUUUUGACCAAAUUUAAAACCACUUCCCUUCCAGCUCGGUAGACCGGUUUGUCGUAGCACCAUACCACCGAGUAUUUAUCUGUUUGAGCGCUUGAAUAAAACUCCAUUUUCCGUUUAUAUUCUUGA